UCUCUCUCCCUCUCCCUCGAUGGUUUUCAAGUGACACUUUGCGUGCCUUUCUCAGAGGAAAAGUCCAUUUGACAAGAUGUUGCGAUCUCGUUCGUGGAACACUAAUGUAUAUUCCGUAGCACAUCGAUAGCUAUUAUCUAAAGGAAAACCAAGAUCUAUUAAUUAGCAGCCACCUCGAAGCACUCUCCACCGCUCUGUCUCUCGCACUAUAAAUGUACAUGGAGCUUCCACUCCACGGAUGAUCAGUCUUCUCCCUUGACGCUGUUGUUCGACCAGAGCAUGGGAGAAGGAAGCAGCAGCCUACCACCUGGUUUCCAGUUCUUCCCCUCCGACGAAGAGCUCGUCCUCCACUUCCUCCACCGCAAAGCCGGGCUGCUCCCGUGCCAUCCCGACAUCAUCCCCACCAUCGACCUCCACCACUGCGAUCCGUGGGACCUCGGCGGUAAAGCUCUUCAAGGAGGAAACCGCCACUGGUACUUCUUCACCCACACAACCCAGAGCAGAGCGACGGCUACUGGCUACUGGCACGCCGUCGGCACCGAUCACGAGACGAUAGCUAGCAGUUGCGUCGAUGUCGGGGUGAAGAAGACCCUCAGAUACUACCUGGGCGAAGCACCUGAGGGCGUCAAAACCAAUUGGUUGAUGCACGAGUACCAUCUACUGGAUGACGGUGUUCUUCACAGCACCGGCGACGGCGGCACAAGGAAGAAAGUAAGUGAUUCAGCUCAGGCAAUGCAAGAACCGCGUCUCGUUCAUUCAACGACGACGAUCGCCGUGCAGGAAUCAAACAGAUGGGUCGUGUGCCGAGUCUACGAGUCGACCGGCGGUUCGCAGUCGAGCUUCCACGACGAUGGCGGCUCGGAGCUCUCGUGCCUGGACGAGGUGUUCUUGUCCUUGGAUGACAUUGAUGAGAUAAGCUUGCCAAACUGAGGACUUGUCAUACUUCUAUGAAGCUAUUUGUUUGAUCACCUUCUUUAACGUGUAUAUAAUGAAUGAUCUCAGUGGCUUUGUUCUGCCACAAAGCAAGGUGCUUGCUUUUGUUCUCUCUUUCUCUUUUUCUUUCUUUGAUGGGUGGAGGAUACACAAGCAUUAGGUCAUCUGUGUCGUCAAUGGGAUAAGCCUAAAAUAGUAGAUGGAAGUGGAGAUUACUUGAGCUCUUCAAAUUCUCAGCUAGGUGCUUGGACCACCAAGCUUGCACGAUUGAGAUGUUUUCAUCUGUCUGAUACCAUAUGAUAUUGAUGGAGCCUUAAUGCCAA